UUAGUCGACGUCUGAAUCCUCAACUAACGUAACAGUGACAUUCGAUAUAACAUUUAUUUCUACGACAGAGUUGUAAUUUCGGAUAAUUAUUUUAGAAUUUACCCCUCAAAUUACCAACGGUUGGUGUCAAAUGCGACUUUGCAACCAUUUUUGGAAGGCAUUUCUCUCCUCUCAGAUUAACUGACGGAUGUAUACAAUUUAAGUCACUUCUUGUUGUGUGUGUGCACGCGCGCGCGUGUGUUACUUCUGAUUAUUCAAUAACAUAUCUUUUGGCUGACUUACACAGCCUCAGCUCGUUUAUUUACUUUUACUCUUUCUGAACAUUCCAAACUAGCAAAAUGGUGUUUGGUGUCUUUCCUUGUGAUGUCUUGUUUGUAACAGCAAACUUCAUAAUCCAAUCUCAAGCCUUCGAAGAACGAAAAGUUGGUUGGACCUCUUGGUAUCCAUGGAGACCCUGCAGUAAUGAAUGUGGGCAAGGUGUACAGCAUCGAUUCCGUUGGUGUAACAAUGGUACAAGAGAGACAUGCAUUGGAACCAGGGUUGAUGUUCGGCCAUGUGGGACAAAACACUGUCACAAUAACUUUGCAAAAAUGAAGGAACUUUCAGUCUUCAUAUGGAUAAAUAGUUGCCUUGGUUUCCUUUGCCUUUGUGGAUUAACAGUGCUUUCAGUAACUACCUUAAAACUCUGGCAAAAGAGACCAUUAACAAGAAUGAGAAUUGUACAGAGCUAAUAAGUUUGCGGGGAAGACCCCCUGCCAUUUACUCCUAUUUACAGUCAAUACAAAUACACAGAAU